AAGAAAAGUUCAGCUCCGCGUGUUUUAUUACAUUUUGAUUUUUGCCACCACCAUUUGAUUAUUAUUUUCUCAGCUAUAGCAACGAUCUGCAAAAAUGUGCAUACUUCGGUAAGUAAGCUGCCGUUCACAUUUAAGAGAAAAAUUAGUUAUAAUUUCCUCGAAUUGCAAAGUGUCCCGAUGUCCUUGGAGGAGAAAAGGUCCUCGGGGCUGGAAGGUCGGAUCCAACGUUUGGAAGACGAAGUUCCCGGGAUGGGCAGUGAAGUUCGCAAGAUGCGGGCUGAUUUAGAGGAGUUGAAGGCAGUGAACUCUGCAAUACUUGAUUCCACUGCCCAGAUGUUGGCCAUCUGGAAAAAAAUUGCACCAGCCGAGCCAAUCUUAAAGUUGGACUUCCCGAUUAGAACCCUGGACCACUUAAAGGAAGUGGAUGAUAAAAUAUAUGGGAACAUGGAGAAAUAUAGGGUAUAAUGAUUUCAGAAAAAAGUUUACAACGCAAUGUAGGAGACGAUUGUGACUGAAACGCUUGUC